AUGGACUCCGCAGCCCAGUCCCGUUUCGAUCUUAUCGCCUCGAACCUUCAGGAAUUCCUGAACCCCGAGAUUAUUGAGAAGAUCCUGAUUGAAGGUCGUUCGCCGCGUGUUUACUGGGGAACAGCGACAACAGGUCGACCCCACAUUGGAUACUUCCUGCCCGCUCUUAAGAUCGCACAGCUCCUCAAGGCCGACUGCGAAGUCACCGUUCUGCUCGCAGAUAUUCACGGGUUCCUCGAUAACUUGAAAGCUCCCCUGGAAUUAGUCGAUAACCGCGCCAUUUACUACCGAAAUGUUGUCACAGCCCUCGUUCAGUCCGUUGGAGUCGAUACCUCCAAGCUGAACUUCGUCCUCGGAAGCAGCUACCAAAAGUCCCCCGAGUAUGUCAUGGACGUGUACCGCAUGGCCUCCAUGGUCUCUGAGAGCGCUGCCAAGAAGGCCGGCGCGGAGGUUGUCAAGCAAACAGGCAAUGCGCCAUUGUCUGGUCUGCUUUACCCCAUUCUCCAGGUCCUUGAUGAGCAGCACUUGAACGCUGAUUGCCAGUUGGGCGGAGAACUAAUCUCGACAAAUAGUGACCAAAGAAAGCUCUUCACUGCUGCGACGGAAUGGCUUCCUAAGCUCGGAUACCGUGUACGAGCACACAUUAUGAACCCGGUUCAUGCCAAGAUUGACCUCCUUGACAAUGCGGACAGCGUUGCAAAGAAGAUCAAGAAGGCGGAGUGCUUCCCCAAGAUCGUUGAGGAGAACGGUGUGCUCUCAAUUGUCGAGAACAUCCUGCUCCCCGCUGCCGUCCUCAACGGCCAUGGCGAGUUCCGCGUUGAGCGCCGGGAAGGCGAGCCUCUGGUCUACACCUCCAUCGCUCAGGUGAAGGAGGAUUACGCCCAGGAUAUCCUGACUCCUCAAAUCCUGAAGCCUGCAGUCUCGGCCGCCAUGGUCAGCCUGAUGGCCCCCAUCCAGGCAGCGUACGAGGCCUCCGCCGAAUGGCAGGAGAUCACACUGAAGGCCUACCCGCCUCCUGUCGUGCACAAGAAGGUCAAGAAGGUCAAGGACAGAGGCUCUCGCUUCCCCGGUGCCAAGCAGGAGCAGCCCAAGGAAGAGCAGCCCAAGCCUUCAGAAGAUGCUCCCUCCGAGCGGCUUGCGCAAACCAGCAUCUAA